AUGCUGAGGGGAUGAAACACGGAGCCUCCGAGGAACUUGACGCUUCACCGAGACCCUGUCGUCGGCGCUAUCCCCGCAGGCUCGAUCUCAUCUCCACCCAGACACCGAGUGAGGUGGAUCAUUGAUGGUGUCACGACGCUACAGGCCCGGUUUUUUACCCUUCGUCUCUCCACACGAUGGUUCUUCGUCUCACCACAUCAGCAUUUUCCUGCUGGGAAUGAUGCUCCGCGCUGCACAGACAGCCAAUACAUCACACCUGCAGAUGUGCCUGCGUGGAGUUUUCUUUAAAAGCACGAGGCCGACAUAAAGAAAUGGAAUAAAGGGACAUUUGAAAAAAUAUUGCAUCAGUUCCAUAAAUAAAAGAACUAAAAACAACAUUUUAAUUUGUCUAAAAGCUUUCUGGAGAGAGCAGGAGGCUAUAGUGGAAGGGGAGCGAAGAUGACACAUAGUAAGAUGGUUGACAUGUUUCUCCUGGAGUCUGCAGUUCACUCCAUCAGUCGCCGAUCCAAGCAGGAGUCUCCUCAGUAAAACCGGAGCAGCACGUUUCACCUGCUGGAGGAGACCCCAUACUUGGUGAUGUGAUGAAUAAGUUUGAAGUCCUUGGCAUUGUGGGAGAAGGAGCAUAUGGAGUGGUGCUUAAGUGCAGGCACAAGGAAACUAAUGAGCUGGUGGCUAUUAAGAAGUUCAAAGACAGCGAAGAAAAUGAGGAGGUUAAGGAGACGACGCUUCGGGAGCUGAAGAUGCUUCGGACGCUGAAGCAGGACAACAUCGUCGAGCUGAAGGAGGCUUUUCGCAGGAGGGGGAAGCUCUACCUUGUCUUUGAAUAUGUGGAGAGGAACAUGCUCGAGCUAUUAGAGGAAUUUCCCAAUGGUGCACCACCGGAUAAGGUCCGCAGCUAUAUCUAUCAGCUAAUUAAAGCCAUCAACUGGUGUCAUAAGAAUGAGAUAGUGCACAGAGAUAUCAAGCCAGAGAAUCUCCUCAUCAGCUCUGAGGAUGUUCUCAAACUCUGUGACUUUGGUUUUGCUCGGAACCUGUCUGAAGGGACAGACGCCAACUACACCGAGUAUGUUGCUACAAGAUGGUACCGCUCACCUGAGCUGUUGCUGGGAGCUCCCUAUGGAAAGGCUGUGGACAUGUGGUCGGUGGGAUGUAUCCUCGGAGAGCUGAGUGAUGGACAGCCUUUGUUUCCAGGGGAAAGCGAGAUUGAUCAGCUCUUCACCAUUCAGAAAGUGUUAGGGCCACUUCCUGCUGAGCAGAUGAAACUCUUCUACAACAACCCGCGAUUUCAUGGAAUAAGGUUUCCCUCAGUCACUCACCCUCAGACUUUGGAGAGGAGGUACCAAGGCAUCCUGAGUGGAUUGAUGUUGGAUUUGAUGAAGAAUCUGCUGCUGUUAAACCCUACUGAGCGCUACCUGACGGAGCAGAGUUUGAACCAUCCAGUCUUCCAGCCUCUGAGGCAGGCAGAGCGCGAGAGGCCUUCACCUGCAUCCCCCAAUCCACCACGCACUUCCAAGAGGAAAACACACCAUCAUGGGGAAAACACAGUUCCUACAAGGAGUCACAACAAGAGCUCAAGUCGUCGCUCCAACAGCAAAGAAUGUUCCAGCCUCCCUCGCCAUGGGGACCUCCAUCACCUCAGCAAUGAGAGCUUUCUGAAUGGUAACAAGCCAGCUCCAUCUAGUUUAAGCCCUACGCUGCACCCCAAGGGCCAAUACAUGUCCCAGACCCUCAAUCGCUCUGCCUCAUCCAGCAAAGACCUGGCCAACAACAACCUGCCACACCUCCUCAGUCCUAAAGAAGCAAAAGGCAAGACAGAGUUUGAUUUCAACUUGGUACCCUCCCCAAAGAUGCAAGACCAGGGGCAUGGAGCGAAGUACGGCCACAGCAAGUCAAGUUCUUCUCGCUCUCAGCAGCAACAGCAGCAGCAGCAAGCCAGCCGGCAUACUUUUCUGGAAAAUAAAACUAAUACAUUACAGUCUGGAGCAGAGAAACAACACGCCCGGCAUGGCCACAGUAUGGCCGACUCCGCCCAUGGAUCUAUGUCCUCAUCCUCUAAAAGUUCAGCUUCCUAUCUCAGCCUGUCCAAGAGCCACAGUGCUCUGAGCGAUGCUAAAUCGGUGGGGAAUCUCAGCGAUGGUCGACUUCACGCGGAUGACCCGAACUCCAACACAGCAGCUGGUGUAGGGCCCAGUGCCCGCUUCUUCCCUGCCAGCUGUUUAGAUCUCAACGCCCCUUCAGGUCCUCCAGGACCCCCCGGCAGCCCCUCUGCCCGCCACAGCGAUCGAUCUGGGCACAGCCCCGCCUCUCGUGGUGGUGGAAAUGCCCGCAUGGAGAGCAGCACGCUCGACUCCUCAUCUAGACACAAAUCCAGACACAAAGCAUUGGCACCAGAAGAUGCUGGACCUCCAGAGCUCUUGGACCCAGGAGGAGCUGGGAUGCCUUCCACUCACACCCUCCCUUCCCCACACGAGUCUUAUCAUUACGGCCUGGGCUAUACCUCCCCGUUUUCCUCUCAGCAACGACCUCAGCGACACUCCAUGUACGUGAGAAGGGAACGGCACCGACCACACGGAACCGAGGGUGGAAUGGUGGGCUUGCCUGCACCGGGGCAGGUGAUACCGACACGGGCCAGUAGCCUGCAGAUUCUCUCCCCCCAGCUGCAGCACCGGACCACCCUGACCGGACAUUCUGUGAGCUCCUCCAGAGAGGACUGCACUGAAGACAUAAGCAGGAGUGAGCAGUCCCCUAAAGACAUGAGCCACCCUUGUGCCCCCAUCAAAGACUCUGCGUGGGACAACACAGCUGCUUUUCAUACACAGCGCUCUAAAAAUGAGGUCGCUAUGUAUCACGACCCUCAUGUUGAGGAUGGAAUUUCCUCCAAGGAGAACCGGAUGAUCUUCACUGAGUCUAUGCCUCGGAGAGUAGGCAGCUUCUACCGAGUCCCCUCUCCCAGACCGGAUAACUCCUCUUCUUUCCAUGAGGGUGUUGGUCAGGUUCGAGGACCGGUCGUACCCGUUGUAGCCGGUGACCCAGUUGCCAUGGUGAACCACUCCAAACGCCAGGCGGCUUUUGACUGGACUACUGCAGAAGCGAUGGUCAUGAAUCCUCCCGAGCCCACCAAAGAAAAGGAAAAGCAAGGCUUCUUCAGAUCCAUGAAGAAGAAAACACAACACAAAACAAAAAAAACACAAAUAACCGACAUGGAAGACGGGAGGAACCCCAACAUCAAGAAAAGCCUUUUUCCCCUUUUUAGCUCUAAGAAUAGCUUAAAGCACAACUCAGCUGUCAAAGUCCUACCUGUUGUCGCCUCGCCCAUGGUACAACACCAGCCUACCGUGCCCUACCCUGCCUCACCAGUAAGUGGAAACGGACAAGACCACCUGUCCCUGCAGAGGAGCUCCAAGUCGUCCUCUCACCACAGCAGCCGGCGAAAAAACCGAGAGCGCUCCCGCGACAGAGACCGGGACCGGGAACAGAGCCGGGACAGAGACCGAGACAGGGAGAGAGAGAGAGAGCGGGAGAGAGAAAGAGAGCGAGAACGGGAGAGAGAAAGGGAGAGAGGGAGGGAAAGAGAGAGAGUCGGUGACUGGCUACCGGACAAGCAAGUGGACUCACACUCUCAGAGCCAGCCACUCAAGUCUCUCCGUAGGCUGCUCCACCUCUCCCCGUCUUCCUCAAACCAAGGCCAGCCUCCUCCUCCCCCUCCUCCAGACCUGCGCUUCCAGGGCCCGCUCCCCAACCCUCCGCAGCCCUCCACCAAAGCAGGCUACCCCGAGGGCCGAGGGCACCCCGAGAACAGGGUACACUCGGGGGUGAACGCCUCCAACCAGGCUAAGAACCGCAAGCCCAGCUACCCCCUCCCCGGACAGAUCGAGUCCAGCUGGCACGUGUCCGCAUUACAGCGGGCGGAGGGGGCGCAGUUCACGCCCGAACAGCUGGGGAUCAAACCGGGUCAGAACGGACCCACUUUUACCCGCGCCUCUCGCACCAGGAUACCAAACUUGAACGACCUGAAGGAGACCGCCCUGUAACACCUUCAAAAACCAGACCACCUCCGACGCGGCUCCGUCCUGGAUGCAGACAUCUUUGUUCUGUGUUAGAUAUCCACAAGAGAGCCUGCUUCACUGGAUCAAGUCCUCAUUCAGAAAUGUAGUCAUCCGAUGAUUGUCAUGUCUCUGAUAUCCAAAAAGUCUAGACAUUGACAGGCCGAACACCAGUCGCAGUGUCGUUUAGGGAAAAGAAAAGGAAAAGGCUGGGAAGGGCCCACGCCGUAUCACAAUGCCACACCUGGAUCAGCUGUUAUCUCCACACUCAUCAGAAUCAGCUGAUCCGUCCUGUCAAGGAGAUACUGCCUACGUGGCCUCUUUGCUGCCAUCUUCUUCUCACAGAACACUACUGCAACACUUCAGAUGCCAAUGUCACGCCAGUGGCCAAUAAACUCAAAGGUUUUUCAAGCUCUGAUAUUUGAUAAAAAAAAAAAAAAGAAAGAUUUAUAUCAACAUUAUUUAUUAAAUAUUUAUUUGUUUUAAGUUAAAGGAUAUAAGCUAUAAAUGACACAGUAUGUAGGCUAUAUGGGAAUAUUACUGUAUAAGAUAAUUUAGGAUUAAAUGUGUAAUUGCAAGAGCUUUAGUUGCAACACAAAGAAAUGCAUAGAUAUUUAUGUGUUGGUAAUAUAAUACGUCACAAGGAAUAUUUAAUAAUGGUGAAUGUCUUUUUCGUUCAAUAUGAUGUUAUUAACAGAUGUUUAUUUUAUGUUAUUUUUACCCUUUAUCUGUUUGUUUUAUCAAAAUAUAA